AUGGCAACUUAUACGAACGAAGAGUACUACGACAUGUUGAUGGCACUUGGUGAGUGCCAGGGACAGCAUAACGUUGCUGCAAGAAGAUAUGCGGAAUUGUAUCCGUAUCGAGCAAAACAUCCAUCGCCCUUCGUUAUACUUCGAGCAGCGCAACGAUUACACGAGACCGGUAGCGUUUUGCCGAAUAAAAAAGACUGCGGUAGACAUCGCAAUGAAAGAAAUUUGCGAAAUACGGAGACAGUUCUUCGUGUAAUCGAACAAGAGCCUGAAACUAGUAUUCGGGUCAUUGCUCGAGAGCAGAAUCUCUCUUACUCCACAGUACAGAGAAUUCUGAAAGGAGAGAAGUUGCACGCUUAUCAUUACACCUGCGUGCAACAUUUGCGAGAGGAAGACUAUCCUCGGAGGAGAAGAUUUUGUGAAGAUUUUCUGAGGAAAGUAGACGAGGAUCCAGAAUUUCCGUCCCGAGUGAUAUUUAGCGAUGAAUCGCUAUUCACACAAGAAGGAAUCUUUAACUCUCACAACAUGCACGUGUGGAGUGACGAGAAUCCUUAUGUCACUCGAAUGAGAAAUUUCCAAACGCGAUGGAAAUUAAAUGUCUGGGCAGGAAUCAUGGGCACAGAUAUUCUGGGUCCAGUUAUUCUACCAGAUAUCUUAAAUAGCGCAUCGUAUUUGGAAUUUUUAAGAGAAAACAUUCCGGAUUUUUUGGAAGAAGUGCCAUUGGUAGAUAGGAAUAAAAUUAUAUUCCAACAAGACGGUGCUGGACCACACAAUGGCAGAAUAGUAACAAAUUAUUUGAACGAGCAAUUUCCUAGACGGUGGAUGGGCCGAUAUGGCCCGAUAUCUUGGCCUGCAAGAUCUCCGGACCUAAAUCCAUUGGAUUUUUUCUUGUGGGGACACUGUAAAGAAAUUAUUUACAGGAAACUUCCCGAGGAUGUAGAAGAUCUUCAUGACAAGCUCCAUGAAGCCAUUUGGGCUAUCGACAACGAUAUCCUGGAGAAGACCCAAAUAAAUUUAUUGAAACGCAUGAGAGCGUGUGUAAUAAUGGACGGCGGCCACUUCGAACAUCUGUUAUGA